UUCCGAGAAUUGCGAAGUGCGUCUUCUCAGAAGAGUUCUUCCAAGAACUGUCUUCGGCGGACACUUCCAAGAAAAAUACACCAGGUGAACAAUGUCAAGUGCAGCAGACGGCUGCAUUAAGUUCACUCGCCAUGCUGGUGAUGUGCUGUUCAACUUCAACCGCCUCCGCAGCAGAAACAUCCUGACCGAUGUCACCAUUGUGGUCGGUGGGCAGCAUUUCCGGGCCCAUAAGACAGUUCUGAUGGCAUGCAGCGGCCUCUUCUACUCCAUGUUUGCAGAUGCUUAUAAAAGUACCUUGAGCAUCAUAAGUUUAGAUCCAAAGGUGGACCCCGAUGGCUUUGCCAUAUUGUUGGAGUUCAUGUAUACGUCUUGCCUCACACUUAAAGAUAACUUCAUUAUAGCCACCCUCAACACAGCCACAUAUUUACAGAUGGAGCAUGUGAUGGACACAUGCCAGAGGUUCAUAGACUCCAGGGGCUUGUGUGUAAAGCAGAGCAGAGCAGAGAUGCUGGUUAAUCACGGCUGUUUAUCUUCAGAAGCUCCCUUCUUCCUCAGCGAUGCCCUGAACACCCAAUCCAGCAUGAACUUCAGCACUUACGCUCCUCCCAACCUGCACUAUGCAGUAAGCACUUCCACAGAAAGCCCUUCUCGCUUCUACAGACAUCUGCCUCUCCCCAUGGACACCUCCAAGACCACAAACCCCCUCUGGCAGAUCCCGAAGACCGGCGUAAUAGCCCAUCAGCAGCACUCCCCGCCAGACAGCGGAGCCUCAGCUCGGACCGAGACUAACGGAGGAGCCACAGAGGCCAGAGAGGAGAGGAACCGUCCAUCUGUGCUCUUUCAUUCAGCUCGAGCUGAGGGAGAGAGGAAGACUCUGAACACUGAACCGUGUCACACCAGCGGCCCCAAGAGCCCUCUCAGAUCAGACUGCCAACCCAACUCACCCGCCGAGUCCAGCAGCUGCAGUCGAGGAGCGGCGUCUCCUCCCAGCUCCAUCAGUCACCCGAAGAUCCGCAACUGGAAGAAGUACAAGUUCAUCGUGCUGAACUCCGCAGACGGAGCGACUGACAAUAGCUCACUCACUCCAUCCCACAUGGUUACAGAAUCCACCGACAAGAACAAUGAAGCCCGAGGGCAGCUCAUUAUGGAUAGCAGCUCUACAGAUGAAUGCAUCAAAACAGAAGUGCGUGACUUUUCACUUCCCAACACUUUGACAGAGGAGAGCAGCACGGGACCCACAAGUUCAGAGCGGGACAGACUCUACUGUAACGAGUGUGAGUCCAAGAGCGAAUCAGAGAAGCCGCGCUGGCUACAGGACGGAAAACCGUUCAAAUGUGACCGCUGUCAGGCCAUGUUCUGCUAUAAUGGAAACCUAGCGAGCCCCAAGACCGUCCACACAGGAGAGAAGCCGUAUCGCUGCAACGUGUGUGGCGCUCAGUUCAACAGACCUGCCAAUCUGAAGACACACUCACGGAUCCACUCAGGAGAAAAACCAUACAAAUGUGAAACCUGCGGCUCGCGCUUCGUCCAGGUGGCUCAUCUGAGAGCUCACGUACUGAUCCACACCGGAGAGAAACCGUACCCGUGUGACAUCUGCGGCACGCGCUUCCGCCACCUUCAGACGCUGAAGAGUCACUUACGAAUCCACACGGGAGAGAAACCGUAUCAUUGUGAGAAUUGUGAUCUGCACUUCCGUCACAAGAGUCAGCUGCGUCUGCAUCUGCGACAAAAGCACGGAGCCGUCACCAACACCAAGGUCCAGUAUCGCAGAAGCAGAACCUCUUGAAAAAACCUGAAGCUGUUUCAAAACAUUUUCAAUUCUUUUAGUGGUACAGCCACCAGAACAUACAGAUGGAUCUCUGUGUUUACUCUUAUGGUGACGUUGCAUAUUAUCUCUUAAAUAUGGACUAGUUCACCAGCACAUUCUGGUUCAGCCUGCAUGAUUUCACCCAAAUAUCAUGAUGUACGUCAAGUUCUGGUCGAUAGUCCUAGUGGAAGAUUGAGCAUAAUUUUAUCUGUAGUAUUUAUUUUUAUUAAGAAUGCUAUUUCACUCCCUCUCCAAUCAAACUAUGCACUGUAUAUAUAUAUAAUAUGCAAACAAGGAAUAUUGGUACAAAAUAAUUAUGCGAUCGCAGUGUGUGUUUUAUCAGUGUGGUACAUUUAAAGAAGCUCUGCUCUGACAGUUCUAUUGUAUUUACUUGUAUUUGUACAGCUGUUUUUGGUACUAGAGGGCCGAAGGUCCUUGCAAUUAAAU